AUGGCCUUCCACCAAAGAUCUAUUAGCUUCCCUUCUAGGCCUCUCUCCAAAGUUGAAGAAGAGCUGAACAGCAUAGAGGCAUGCAUCUCUUCACCCUCCCUGACCAUCGAGACGAUCUCUGAUGGUUUGAGGGGACUUGGGGACAUCUACAGGUCCAUUGAGGAGAUCAUGUGCCUGCCUAGCAACCAAGCUUACUCAUCACAGCAUAGGAAGUUGUUGGAUGGAGAGAUGGAAUGCUCUCUUGGGCUACUGGAUCUCUGCAAUUCUACGAAUGAGGUCUUCACCGAGUUGAAGACUAUCAUCCAAGAUCUGCAAGUGUCUCUCAGAAAAGGAGAUGAUACACUUGUUCAAGCCAAGAUCCAGUCAUACAUCCGCUUGGUGAAGAAGACAAAGAAACAUUCCAAGAAGACGAAGAAGGUUGUCUCAGACAAGGACUGCAGGAUAGUUAAGCUGUUGAGCGAAGCUAGAGAGAUCACCACCUCUCUAUUCGAGUCAACAAUGCACCUCUUGUCAAAGCAAAUUGCUGCGCCAAAAUUGUCUCUAAUCUCCAAGGCACUCCAGAAGAAAAACUCAGUUAUUUGCAAUGAGGAGCAGUUGCAGGUGUUAGAGUGUUGCAUCAGAGAUCUUGAGGCUGGAGCAGGACUUCUGUUCAGGAGAUUGGUCCAGAUCAGGGUUACUCUCCUGAACAUUCUUAGCUCAUAGAUACUCCUGAUCUAACACUCUUAAGAGC